AAACUCAGGGUGAAGCAGCGGAUCGAGUCGCCCACAGCCUCGUCCGUCGUCGUCGACCAGCCCAGCCCAGCCCGCCCGCAGCCCAGUCGCCAGCAGGCCGCCAGCAGGCCGCCAGCCCCGUAGCCCCCCGCGCUGCAUUUUUCAUUUUGCGUGUAUUGCAUACCACCAGCCAGCCACGCACCAUGGCCGACCAAGUGGAUCCCAACGCCGGCGGCGAGGCCCAAGCGCCCGCGGCCUCGCAGUGGUCGGAGCACGACGCGCCGAAUGGCCGCAAGUACUACUACAACGCCGUCACGGGCGAGUCCACGUGGGAGCGCCCGGCCGAGCUCACAGCCCCGCAAACCGAGUUGCCUCGUGCUGGCGCCCCUCAGCAGCAGCAGCAGCCUCAGCAACAGCCGCAGCAGCAGCAGGCUGGAGGCUUCCAGCAGCCACAGCUUGGCGGACAGGCCCCGCAAGGCGCCGCGGCGUACGGAGGAUACCCGCAGCCUUACGGCCAGCCGAUGCAGUACCCGCCCCCGUACGGUGGCAGCGGUUACAUGUACCCGUUCCCGCAGGCUUACGGUUACCCGCCGCAGAUCGUGGGUCCGGGCCCUCCUAUCCAGACCACGGAGAGCGGCCAAGGACCCCCUGGAUGCAACCUGUUUGUCUUCCACAUCCCGAACGACAUGACUAACCAGGAUCUCUUCAAUUACUUCGCCACGUUCGGCAACGUGAUUAGCGCUCGCAUCAUGGUGGAGAAGGAGACGGGAAGGAGCCGUGGCUUUGGUUUCGUGAGCUACGACAAUGCCCCGUCGGCCGAAGCUGCCAUCAAGGGCAUGAAUGGCUUCCAGGUUGGUCGCAAGCGCCUCAAAGUGCAGCACAAGAAGGAGAAGAACCAGGGCCCCAUGUUCGGCGAGAUGCCUGGCCACAUGGACAACAAUGCCAAUGACAUGACUGCCCAGAGCGGCGGCGCUGCUUCGCUGCCCUCCAGCAACUAG